AAAAAAAAAAAAAAAAAAAAAAAAAGUUCAAGCCGACUGCGUCGUUCGACUGCGUCGUUCUACUCCAAAUCCAACUUGCGCUAAGCAAAAAAUCACAAAACCAGCGUCUUUUUUGUUUUGACUUGUUAAAAAUGGCACCCGACGACUCCUCAAAAAAAGCCGAUACGGGAAAGCGCUCCCUUGGCAACGAAGAUGCCACUGACGGCGCUCUGAAAGGAGGCCGCCGUCCCAAUGGCGACGCGGACGCGAUGGACGUUGACGACCACCCACGCCCGGACAUGGGCGAGUUCGAGGACGAGUUUGAAGACGAGUUUGAGAGCGAAGAUGAGGUCAUUGAAGCUGGCGUUGACGGUAGGCCGGAUGCCGAGCGCGAGGCGGAGGAGAAAGCUGGUGCCAUGGAAGUUGACGGCGGCGGCCCCGGUACAUUCAUAGUCGGCCGCUCCCAGCUCGAAGCGGGCCAGACCUUGACGCCAGACCCCACGACGUACGAUAUGCUACACAGCCUGAGCACGCCAUGGCCCUGUCUAUCUUUUGACGUGAUACGAGACGGCCUCGGCGACAAUCGCAAGGUCUAUCCUGCCACCAUGUAUACGGUUGCUGGCACGCAAGCAGAGACGUCCAGGUCCAACGAAAACCAGAUCAUGGUCAUGAAGUUCAGUGGUCUGAGCAAGAUGGAUAAAGGAGGUCUGGGCGAAGACUCGGAUGAUGAGGACGAUGACAACGACGAAGACGCCGAUCCAAUCCUAGAGAGCAAGUCGAUCCCUCUGACGUCGACUACAAACCGAAUUCGUGCCCAUCAAACACCGUCCGAGGGUGGCCGACCGGCAACGACACUUACAGCUACCAUGACGGAGUCGUCAAACGUUUUCAUUCACGAUAUCACGCCGCAUCUCGCCUCUUUCGACACUCCUGGCACAAUAAUCACGCCGCAACAGAACAAACCCUUGUGCACCAUCAGAGCGCACAAGUCUGAAGGCUAUGCCGUCGAUUGGGCCCCGGUCAGCUCGCACGCCGCGGGCCGGCUCAUGACGGGCGACAACGAUGGGUUGAUGUACAUGACGACAAGGACCGACGGCGGCGGUUUCGUCACAGACACCAGGCCAUUUGCUGGCCACACCAGCAGUGUCGAGGAUAUUCAGUGGAGUCCUUCGGAGGCAUCCGUCUUUGCCUCUGCCUCGAGCGACGGCACAGUUCGCGUUUGGGAUGUGCGCAGCAAAAGCCGAGCGGCCGCUCUGACGGUCAAGAUCUCGGACACAGACGUCAACGUGGCCAGCUGGUCGCGACUGACGACGCAUCUGUUGGCGACAGGAGACGACAACGGCACGUGGGCUGUGUGGGAUCUCCGACAAUGGAAGCCCUCGACCAACAACAAGGCAUCUACGCCAACGUCCAUCGCCAGCUUUUCGUACCACAAGGAGCAAAUCACCAGUCUCGAGUGGCACCCAUCAGACGACAGCAUUAUCGCCGUUGCGGCGGGCGACAACACGGUCACCCUGUGGGACUUGGCGGUGGAGCUCGACGACGAGGAGAGCCGGGACACGGCAGGCGUGCAGGACGUGCCGCCACAGCUGCUCUUUGUUCACUACCACGAAAACGCAAAGGAGUUGCACUGGCACCCCCAGAUACCUGGUGGUCUGGUAGUGACGGGACAUGAGUUUAGUGUGUUCAAGACGAUUAGUGUCUAGGCUAGGUAGAAAAGCUAAUGAUUCUAUUCUACCGUACCCUUGGCGAGAUUUUGAUGGGCAUUUCAGUCUUUUUCCAAGUGGUAUACAUUUGCUGCCUGUCGGUCCAGCCUUUUGACUCGGGGCACAGCUCCAUGUCAAAGUUCCAAAACAUGCGGGCCAGGAUGAGUCUGAGCUCGGCGAGUGCGAGACUGUGGUAAUUUUGAGCGCGUUUGGUCAGUUGCAAAAAAAGCUCGUACUCAUCUCAACAUGGACACUUGACAACAGAAAAAGACGACUCACUUCUUUCCGAUGCAGUUUCUGGGCCCAAACGAAAAGGCCUGCGAUGCUGCCUUUCGGUCCAGGUCGAACCUCUUGUCCUCGGCCAGCCACCUCUCUGGGUGGAACUCGUUUGGCAGCACGUAGUUCUCCCUGGACCGCCCAACCGACAGAUGGUGCAUGCCGACAGUCAUGCCCCCUGGGAUGAAGCGACCCAGUAUGGUCCUUCCGCCGUCGGGUACCACGCGGGGGAAUGCACCGGGGCCAGGAGGGAACAUGCGCAGCGUCUCGUCGAUGACGGCGUGGAGGUACGGCAAGUGGGAACGCUGGGUUGACUGUAGGGUGAUGUCGGCUUCUGAAGCGAAGGCGGCAUCGAGCUCGGCACGCAGACGGGCGUAGACGUCUGGGUUGGACAGGACAAAGUAUGUGCCGCUGGUCAGGGCGGUGGCAGUAGUCUCACUGCCGGCCACGAUGAGGACCUGCGCCGACGUGUACAUUUCCUCGACCGUCAUUCCCUUUUCGUCAUCUGCCUGGAGAAUGUACGACACUAAAAGGAGGAGAGCAAAAAAAGGUGAGUCAAGUUGACGACAGAGAAAGGAUGGCCAUGUUGAACAAAACUCACUAAAGUCGGUCUUGUCCGUGUCGGUCUGCUCCAGUCGCCGGUUGAUACGCUCGACACCAAACAUGUACUGCCUCUCGCGCAUCUGCAGCAGCUUCUUGGGCACUAUACAUAAGAGGAUGGCAUAGUACAGAGCGGUGGGGAACCUCCUGGCGGCGCGGAUGUAGGUGCCGGCCUUGAAGAUCUCAAAGACGGCCGUCAGCCACCAGUGCCACCGACCGUCUCGGAGACAGUGAAAGGGCUCGCCGAAAGCCAGGUCGCCAAUCAGGUCAAAGGUGGCAAAGUUGUACCACAGGUUGAUGUCGACGGUGGGCCCCUGGGAGGACUGCCUGCGGAGCUGCUGGAUGAGCAUGUCGAUGUACCGUGUCAUCCUCGGCUCCUGGCUCCUCAGCGCCUUGUCGGAGAAGGCCGGGUUCUGCAGUCUCCGCAUGCGCCGGUGCCCUUGGUCGUCGGCGGUCAGGAUGUUGUCGACACCCCCGACGUUCUUGUUCCACCACUUGGGGUCCUUGUCGAAGCCGCCAGCGCCGAACCCGUACGCAGUGGACCAGACCUCGGGGUUGGUCAUGGACAGCUCGUCCGGGGAGAUGCGGACCACCUCGCCGUACUGGUCGUGCCACUGCUUCACCUUCCAGUGGCUCAGUCCACGGACGUCCCAGAAGAGAUAAAAGACGCGGCUGGCCCGGCACAGGAAGGGUCCAGGGUAGUGGCGGAGCGGGUGGAAAAAGAGGUUGUAGAUGCAUUUUCCGAGUAGAAAAGCCACCGCCUGCACCCUUUGUUAGUCAUAGUGGAACGGAGAGGGUUGCUUUGAGUAUCCAUCUUACCGCGCAACCGAAAUACUUUAACAUCAGGACAAACAUGGCAGCCGUUUUCCCAUGUGUACCUCGAAUUACUGAAUAGGUGAAUAGGUGACUUGGACGAAUCGCGCGCAGGGCAUACUUUUCUAGCAUUACUCUCAAGCUGCUUGUAUGCUGUAUGAUUAACAAAAGCACGAGGUGGUAAGGCGGCGCUUUGGCGCUUAAACAAACCCAAAAUGAAAGAAAUGCCCGAUUGCUUGCUAGUUUUACCGACAAGGCGGAACAAAAAGGGGGAUGGACAAAACAGGUAACCUGGUGCCUCCCUACUUUGCCUCCUUCCGGCCGGGUACCGUAACAUUAAUCAACCUUGUUUUAGAGUAGGUAAUAUAAAAAGCAAAUAAAUAUGUUAACCGCAAGCACGUGGCAUAGUAUACCUAGGUAAG